UGGACUCGAGAUCGAGCGGUUGUGUGGGUGCAGAGAGCGAACACAGGACACGAGGACAUGAAUGAACGAAACAAGAGUAGGGAGGAAAGGACGGGACGACGAAGGAAUUUCCUGCAGUUACUCUAAUUCCCAACCGCUUUUGUCGAUGCGGUCUUUCUAGCACUGUGAGUCAGAAUCGGCCUGUCAGAAGCCGGGCAGGAAGUUGAGCCGCCGAUCGAUCUCUCGAAAACAGGAGCACCGUGGCGCGAAGAAUCCGGACGCGGAUAAAUCCCACAGCUCGCAUCAUGUGCAAGCACAGAGCCGUGGACUGGGUAACGGGAUCGAGGUCGAGAUCGAGAUCGAGAUUGAGAUUGAGAUCGAGCGAGGAUCAUGUUCUUGGAUGCGCGUAAUUUCGAUGAGGCCAGGUGAGGGAAAUCGAGGCCCCGGUCGGUGUGAGUUAGAGGAUUGAAGUGGAAUCGGAAGUGGAAGUGGAAUUGGAGGAAUCGAGAUGCGAACGAGGUGCGUGUGAGAAAAACGCGGGCGGUGCCAGAGCGAGAGGAAGAUGCUGGCCGAACGAGGCACUUCGACGGGAAGACGUCGUGGCUUCGAGGACCUGGAGUCAGGGAAACGGUGCCGCGACGAGGAUCGGGACAGAGGGAGGUGUGAAAGCGGCGGACAUUUGAAAGCCAGAGAGAUCGAGCGAGGGGCGGCGGAGAGACCGGUAUAAGGCGGUUGUGGGCGACUGGAAGCGCAUGCUCGUUCGUUCGGGCACGACGACGACGACGACGAGCAAUAUUGCCGCCAGUGCACAAUUGGUGGUUCGGCUUCGGGAUCAAAGCGGAUUUGGGUUGCUUCGGAAUCGAGAGAGAUGUCGUCGAUGGCUAAGGGCAGUUAUGCGGCAGUGAGGACGGCGCUCGCUCGUGUCUGACCUGUUGCGCAUGGCGCACUGGCGCCCUUCUCCUGCACGGAGCAGCAUCAGCUGAGGCCAGCCGAGAGCAGGGUUAUGCUGUGAGAAAGGGCUCGUUCGGAUCCGAGCCACCACGAAUUUGGAUUUGGAACGCGUUCGUUGGUUGGGAUCGAUUUCUGUUGGCAGAAUUGAAUUGAGACUGCGCCACAGGCCGACGCGGAGGGCAUGCACGGGAGCAUGAGCAAUGUGGCGCAAGCCGGGGGCAGGUUAUGAUGGAUGUGUCGCCUGAUGAGCUUCCCCUUUUGUACUCAUGGAUUGAUGGAAUCCCGCUGUCGCGACCCAAGCGCAAUAUCGCCAGGGACUUCAGUGACGCAGUGCUUGUGGCCGAAGUAGUGGCUCACUACUGUCCGAAGCUGGUGGACGCGCACAAUUACAGUGCUGCUAAUGGCCUGGCUCAAAAGGUUUACAACUGGAACACUCUGAAUGUCAAGGUGUUCCGCCGCCUGCACUUCUCCCUGACAAAGGAUGACAUCGAAGCUGUUGCGAAUUGUGAACCACAGAUGAUUGAGCGCAUCUUGAAGCUUCUGAAGUACAAGAUGGCGAAAUACAAGCCCAAUGGGUUGAGUGGAGAACCAGUGAAACCCCAGAAGCCUGAAGAGCAAUAUCCAAGCAAUGCCAAAACACGUUGCUUGGGGGCUGCGUCACUCAUGAGAUUGGCCCAAGUAAAUCAACCAAAAGAGCAGGAAAAUCGGGAAAAUCUAAGGCCAGUGCAGGGAAGAGAAUCAAGGGCCAGACAAGCCACACCAUCGAAAGUGCACAGUUCACAAGAUCAGUACCCCUCAGCAAGGGCUCCGAGUCCUCGCCGAAGUCAGGAAGUGAACUUUGAGAAGCUCCGGGAAAAGGAUGCACACAUCCGAGAACUGGGCGAGACGAUUGAGCUUUUGGAAGCCAAAGUGAAGAAGCUUGAGCAGCUCGUGAGGCUGAAAGAGCACAAAAUUCAGGUUUUGAGUGGAAAGCUGACCCUGAAAGGUGGUCGUCCAUGAGCACUCAGUCCAUUGAAGAUGGUGUUGCCGAGUGGAGGCGGCUUUACACCGGCUUUUUAAAAUGUAACAUGAUUCUGUGCACGAUGGCAGGAGUGACAUUCCAAGGCUUCGAGGCCCGCAAUCUCAUUAGGCUAUCAGGUAGUUUUAAGGCAACAUAGUAGUGAAGUCAAGAGGAAUGUGCUAAACACGGCCUGUUUGAACCAUGGAUAGCUGCUGCCAUCGGGGUCAGGUUUCGAGCUUGACCAAUGUCAGUCUGUGUAUAUUAACUACCUGGCUAUUUAUCCUCAGAGACAAAAUGUACAAUUCUUUGGUCCUGUUUUGAUAUCUAGGACAUUAAGUCGUUGUCGGAUGGAUGGCAUCCAUUCUCUGUUCUUAUUAUGCCUCAGCAUAAUUGGUGGCAUCAAUUUUACAGUUCUGCUCACCUACAUCAUUGUAAGUAUAUCCGCAGAUGAAAUCCAUUAUUCUACAAUUGCCCUUGUGU